AGGUAUAUGUGCCAUAUAUAAGAAUAUUGCUUUUGUACAACAUAAUUUUCUUGAGAAGCCCAAUCCCAGUCAUAAAUCAUAAACCCAAGAUGCCGAACAGCUCAAAACUCCCUACUCCAGCUUCAAAGCUGCAUCAUCUGCUCACGCCACGGCCGCCACGUCUCUGCUUACUUCCGCUUUGUUCCGUGUGGCAGCCAGCGGCGUUCCACACGCCCGGAAGUGUGCGGGUUCGCCUCAACAGUGGCAUAACGCAAGAUUGGAAAGGAACAUCAACAGAAGAUCAUGCUGUGGACCGAAGCAAGAAGGGUGAUAACACUGAUCCAGCUGUUGAAGGGGCUUCUUCUGGUUUGAAGGACAGGGAAGAAUAUGAGGGAGUAGCCCGAAGUGAUAAGCCUCAGGCAGCAACGGAGAGAGAAGGGUUAAAGCAUUGGAAGAAGGCUAAGGAGGAGCAUCCUAAGGCACCUGAACCGAUCAUCGGAAUGAAUGAUGAAAGAGCUCAGAAGGGUCAUUGAUCUGUAAGUUGGGUUGCUUUUCUGCUUCAUUCAAUUCGGCUAUGUACUUUUGACAGCCGCCAUAAGCGUUGUAUUGUUCGUUCCCACACAUAUCAACUGUACAUAAAUUGAAUAAUGAGAUCUAUCGACCAGGCUUGAAGGAUAGUACCUAAAAA